AUGUCGCGGCCACAGCAGGGCGAAAUCCGGGAGGCUUUCCGGCGCGCGCUCAUCAACGUUUGGGGUUGCGGUAUUAGACCAAGAGAUAAAGGUUUGCGCAACAUAGGCUGGGAUGAGGCAGAGCGAGAAUGCUAUAUCGUUGACUUUGAGGACUGCAAGAUCAUAGAUGUGGGACAGGUGGAUGUACCAGAAUUCAGUGAGGCAGAAUUCCGGCACUGGGAUCUUGCUGAGGAGAAUGUUGUGCACUAUCGCACGUGGUACGAUUUGGACAAAGUCGGGAAUGCAGCAGGGGCAGCUAAGAACGGGGCUUAA